CAGGAAGUCAAACUGGAGGAAGGAGGGCAAACUCGGGGAGGCGGGGCUCGGUGCCACUGGAAAGCUGAGACGGCCGCGGCCCCCAACCCCCACCCGGCUACAGAUCCCGAUCCCAGCGCUGGCCACGGUGUCCAGAUGGCGGACCCCCGCCCAGAUCCUGAAUCAGAGCCCGAAUCCGUGUUCCCGCGGGAGGUCGGGCUCUUCGCCGACUCUUACUCGGAGAAGAGCCGGUUCUGUUUCUGUGGACACGUCCUGAGCAUCACGCAGAACUUCGGGUCCCGCCUGGGGGUGGCAGCGCGCGUGUGGGACGCGGCUCUGAGCUUGUGCAACUAUUUCGAAAGUCAAAAUGUGGAUUUCCGAGGCAAGAAAGUGAUCGAACUGGGCGCGGGGACGGGCAUCGUGGGGAUCUUGGCGGCGCUGCAGGGGGGGGAUGUUACCAUCACUGACCUGCCCCUGGCCCUAGAGCAGAUCCAGGCCAACGUCCAGGCCAAUGUGCCGGCUGGAGGCCGGGCCCAGGUCCGCGCCUUGUCCUGGGGGAUUGACCAGCAUGUCUUCCCUGGAGACUAUGACCUGGUGCUGGGGGCUGAUAUCGUGUACCUGGAGCCCACCUUCCCACUGCUGCUGGGCACCCUCCAACACCUGUGCGGGCCCCAUGGCACCAUCUAUCUGGCCUCCAAGAUGAGAGAGGAGCACGGGACAGAGAGCUUCUUUCAGCACCUCCUGCCCCAGCAUUUCCAACUGGAGCUGGCCCAGCGGGAUGAGGAUGUGAAUGUCAACAUCUAUAGGGCCAGACACAGGGGACCGAGACCUGCUUGACGUCACCCUUCUGCUCCUCUGAGCCCCUUGUCCUGAUGAAGGAACUGCCAUAUCUUCCAAGCCAUAAACAGGAUCAAAAGUGUGGAUUUCCCUUGCCUCCUACCCUCUCUGUUCCCCCAGAUAUUCACAGGGAGAUGCCUGCUUGCCAGGAAUCCUGGAGCCCUGACAGCACUGGGGUAGAGUGCAAAGGAAGUUCGCAGCUCCUGUUCUCAGAGGAGGAAGACAGGAGGGUAUCCAGGAUUUUUAGGGGGAGGGGAGGUAAAGGGAUGUGAGAGCAGUGGCUGCUCACUGUCACUGAUCCCUUCCAGUCCUGCUGUUGUCUUUUUAUACAGAAUGGAUUUUUUUUUCUUUGCCAGAUUCUAAUGGAAUUUUUUUUAAGGGAAAGAAAUAAGCAUUAAAAAUCUCUUCUGCAUCCGAAGAACCCAGGCUUUUGCCGGGGGGCUGGGAAGAAGCAGCCUCAGACCACCCACUUCUUGCUUCUAGACAUAGAGUCUGGUGGGCCCAUGGCUUUAACUGGGUGCAGUCUUCCUAGCCCUGAAGUGGGCGUUGGCAGCAGAGCGGUCCUUUGGACUGUGGCUUCUCCACCCUCUUCAGAGCUGGAGCCUUGAUCACUAAGUACUAGGUUCUCCUGUCUUUGAUUUUCUUUAGGUUUCCAACCCCUGUCAGUCUUUCCUUCCUAGUGUGUUUUGCCCUCUCCUCUUUUCCCUUCCCACUGUGGUUCCUGUGGUUGGGGCUCUCUUUACUUACUCCUUGGGCCACAUAUCACCUCCUCUGGCCUGCUGGCCUCCAUUCUCUCCCUUCAAACCACUUUGCAAACUCUUGAGGUCUUCCCAGAUCAGCUCUGGUUAGCUUCUGCUGCGCACAGAAGCAAGUGGCAGAUCCUCUGCUGGGUCUCAGUCUCUCCCGUGGGACCCAAAUUACCCUCUAUUUCAUUGCUGGUGUCCUACAUGCAUUGCAACCUCUGGCCAAAUUACGGAAGGUCUGCCCUCUGCUCCCUGAAUCCACACCAAGAUCCCCUGAUGACUUCUUUCUUUUUCAUGCUUCCCUGCCUGGAAGGGCUAUUUCUCCCUGUCAAAAUCUUCAUUACUCUCAGCCUCUUUUCCUGAAAAAAGCUUUUCCUGAGCCUUCCUCCCCUGAGAUGCUUUAACUGUUUGUUCAUCUUAUGGGACUUACCCCUUCUUGUGUGUCGUUUGUCGGCUCCCUAUUUUCUCACCAUUAGAUUACCCUGGAGGGUAUGCCUGUGGUUCACUCCUCUCUCAGGCCCUGAAGCCUAGCAGUUCCUGGCACACAGUGGAUGGUCAACAGAUGUUUUGCUCAUUCAACAAAUAUUUACUGGGUUUGUUGAAGGGACUCCACUCCUACCUCCCCAGCCGUCCUUGGCCAAAUUUCUGAACCCGCCCACCUACCUACAAGUUUGUCAUGAGUCAUAAAUGGAUAAUAAAUAUGAAAGCCCAUUGGAAAUAAAGAAACAUAAAGUGUUA